CCGCCUUUUCUGCGUUCAACAUCUACCUCUCCAAUAUCUGACAGUUGCAUACCAGAAGAAGAAAGAAAAACUUGUUAUGCAGUCGCGGUGCAUAAGUUUGGAAUGUCAACAUAAUGGUGUUGUAGCUGGGUUGCAUAGCGUUUUCGUGUGAUUUUGUAACACUGCUACGUGUGCCGUAAUAGGGUUCUGUGAGUGCGUAGCGCGUCCGCAGAAAUCGAGUUCAAUCGAGAGAUUGCGAAAGUCUACGGUCCGAAUCUUGGGGGUUGUGUUGUAGUGUGUAAAUGUGGUGCAACGAUGCCGGGAGGAAUCGAAAUCCUGCCAAGUUCCUCGCAGAAUGUUCCUCUGAACUUAAACACCCUUCAUCAUCACCAUAAUCAUCGAGGAGUGAAUGGCGUUGGCAAUGAUGCUGCUGCUGCUAGUGCUGGUGUUGUUACCUGUGAUGAUGACGAUGAAGUGGGUGUUGGAUCGAUCAUUCCCGAUCGUACGGGGAAGCAUAGCUUCUGUCGACUGUGUCUUACCCAUGCGGACGCGCUGAACCCGUUGUUCCCUCCGGAUGCUGCUCCGGAUCGAACUCUGCUGGCACAGAUCUUGGACUGCGUUGAGGUGCAGAUAACUCUUCCGGAUGACAUCAAAGCGCUGAUCUGCACUGACUGCGUUCAACAGGUCUACGCAUUCGCCAACUUCAAGGAGCUUUGCAAGAGCAAUGAUAAGCUACUCAAGAGUCAGACAUUCACUCACGAAGACUCCGAUGACAAUGAAUGUAGUGCCAGUGGCGUAACUUCUCCGGUGGGAACCAAUGUCUACUCGGAAGACGCUUCGUCUACUCCGGAUGCUAGCGUGUUCGAGAAGCUGUACGAACAAGGAGUGGAAGUUGAAGCAAUUGGACAGCCAGCUGGUAUGCUUCGAUGCCAGGAUUUCGCAUCGCUGAAUCCAGAAGAUCGGGAAGCCGAACGAAAGGCUAAAAAUGCUGCUAGGAUGCGUCGUUGGAGAAUGCGCCAGCGUGAGAAGCAGGAGAAACAGAUGGUCCCGGAUGCCGAGCCAGAGCAAUCCGAACCUAUCGUUAAAGUUGAACAGCAGGAGUUACUUGAACUCAAACAACAGGAAGAAGCCCUCCGAAUGCAGCAGAUUCAAGAGAUGUUUGCAAUCCUAGCCCAGCAGCAGCUGCGUCAGGUUGAAGCAGAAAUUAGAAGACUUAAAGGUGGCGUCCAAAGCGCGCCAAUUCCUCAGAUUCCUCUGGAGUCGCUGAUCAAAUCUGAACCUCAACACGAUGAAGGACAAUCGAGCCGUCAAACCUCACCUACCUCGGAUCAGCAGAUGGCCUCGUUGCGUAGAUCCCGAGCGGAGUAUAUGCGCAAAUGGCGCGCCAAGCGAUCCCAAUCACAGCAACAACAGCAGCAGAACCAGCAGCAAGCCACGGCCCUGUUCGGUAUGGUCGGACGCCCUCCAACCAUUUCGCCGGCUCCGGGCGAAACGGAGAAAUUGGCCAUCCAGCGGCACAAUCGUGCCGAGUACAUGCGCCGUUGGAGACGCGAACGGCUAAAACAGGAACUCAGCCCGGAGGAGUUUGACGAUUGGUGCUCCAAGAGUGAACAACGACGUCGAUUCCGCGAGUGGCAAACAGUGCGAGAGAGCGCUUCUUCGGCCGGAGACGAAACAAUGGACUACGCCGAACUGGAACCGGGCAUCCGAAGUUGACCGAUUGUUCGUUGCUGGUAGAAAUUUGCUGCCCUCUUCCAUGUGCUGCUGCUGAACGAAAUGAGAUUUUGAUGAAGCGAAGAAAAUGAUUACGAUUUAUAACGGUGAAAGGAGUUCUCCCCUCUAGCUCUGAUUAUAUUUUAAAAUGGCCAAGGCGCGCACAAAAGCACACAUUACACAGUAUUUCGUUUUAGUAUUAUUCUCUACGAGUUCUCGCAAAGCUGAUCUUGAACAUACAAAAUGUAUACCUACUUAUAUACAGGACUUUUUUUUACCAUACUCUGUAGUACGCAAUGUAAUACGUAAACUUGAGAUUAGGUUUGGUUCGAUGACAUUAUUCACGCCAUUUUCAAUUACACAACACUCUCUACUAUGCAGUAUUUGCAAUGAUUAUAAGGAUAAUAAGGAUUUACAUGCUACUCAGUUUUAGAGCGGAUAGGUCAAGCGGAAAUUUAAAAUAUAAGAAACAACCAGUAUAUGAUACGUAGCAUAGCAUAAUACUCCAGUGACUCAUAGCAAGAGAUGUCGACCGCAAUACAACUACCUAUUGAUCACAUAUUCAUUCACUACCUACCCGUUUUGGUAGCUAUUAUUAGUAGACUUACUACAUACUAGGAUUAGCGAUAGUAGUAAUCCAUAGAGAGAGAAAUACUACUACGGCAAAACGACGAACAGAUACCUAUACUGCUUACCUCGUGGAAACACUAACAAUAAAAUGCAACAAUAAAAAGCAAUGAAGCAA